UAAUUAUUUACUGCAAGCAUUGUCUUCUACUACUGAAAUCUAUGUAGAUGGAACUUUUUCUGUUCUUCCACGCAAACCUCAUAUUGCGCAGCUUUACUCGGUCCAUAUACGAUACAUGGAUACGGGUAUUGCAACAUUAUUCAUAUUAUGUGAUGUACGUACAACAACUUUGUAUGAUGCUUUAUGGGAUAAAAUUACACAACUAGUACCACAACUUGAACAAAACAUUAAGUUUAUUAUGAGCGAUUUUGAAACAGCUGCAGUAAAAUCACUGAAUAAGAAGUUUCCUAGUGCUAAUUUAACUGGAUGUUGGUUCCAUUUCAAUCAGGCUGUACUACGUAAAUGGCGAAAACUGCGCCUUUCAAAUAUUCCAAAAACGGUACUUUCAAUGACUAUGACAUUGCCUUUGUUACCACCAAAUAUGUUUCAAAAAGCUUUAUUAAUAAUACAAACUGAAGCAGACCUACUUGCUGGUGAACAUCCAGAUAUUUUACAAUUCAUGUCAUAUUUAAGACUUACCUGGUCAAAUAUGGCAUCGAAAAUUAGUACCUAUCAUUGUCCUAUAAAUUAUCUCACUUAA